UCAGGCAGCAUUUGCGCGAAUUAAUUAUUGAUUGCACUGAAAAUUUAAAAGAUACGAUAUGAUUGGAAUCACACAUCAUCUCAAUGCAUAGCUCAAGAAAUGAAGGGUACUUAAGUAAUCUAGUAAUCGGAAACCGUGGCCGGAAUAGCAAGAAGAGGAAGCCGGCGAUGCACCGUGAGACCAACGCACUCCGACAUAUCCAGAUCCUCUCCUCGAACUCCGCCGUCCAACUU